CCCGCCGGGGUCCCGCCCCACCCGGAGUGCAGCCGAGCCGAGCCGAGCCGAGCCGAGCCGUCGCCGGUCGCUCCCCUGCGCGGCGCAGUGUAGCACCCGGCCCGGUGGGGUGAAGCGAAGCGGUAGCCCGGGAAGAGCCAGUCCACGCCUGACACGGGGGAGAGAGGGCCUUUCUGCAGUCUUUACCUGGAUACCACAGGAGGAAGAUAAACGUGAAAGAAGAUGCCUUUGAGAGUGUUGGGAAGAGACUCUGGUUUGGUUCAUAAGGAAGACGAUGAAGCUGUAGAGAUGCUUCCCUACGUGAUUGCCACCCUGGGCUCAGCAGGGCCCACCUGCAAAGCCUCCACAUGCAACAGCACCAAGGACUACUGCUACAGUGCCCGCAUCCGCAGCACUGUGCUGCAGGGGCUGCCCUUCGGUGGGGUGCCCACUGUCCUAGCCCUCGACUUCAUGUGCUUUCUCGCACUGUUGUUUGUCUUCUCAAUUUUGCGUAAAGUUGCUUGGGACUAUGGACGCCUGGCCCUGGUGACUGAUGCUGACAGGCGCCGACGCUGGCAGACGGAGCGAGAGGAGCGGGAAUACGUAGCCUCCGCCCUGCACUCUGACAACCAUGACCGCUACGAGCGCCUGACCUCUGUCUCCAGUUCUGUGGACUUCGACCAGAGGGACAAUGGUUUCUGCUCCUGGCUGACAGCCAUCUUCAGGAUAAAGGAUGACGAGAUCCGGGACAAGUGUGGGGGUGAUGCAGUGCACUACCUGUCCUUCCAGAGGCACAUCAUUGGGCUGCUGGUGGCCGUGGGCGUGCUGUCUGUAGGCAUUGUAUUGCCUGUCAACUUCUCAGGGGACCUGCUAGAAAACAACGCCUACAGCUUUGGGAGGACAACUAUCGCUAACCUGAAUUCUGGGAAUAACCUGCUGUGGCUGCACACAUCUUUUGCCUUCCUGUACCUGCUGCUGACGGUGUACAGCAUGCGCCGGCACACCUCCAAGAUGCGCUACAAAGAGGAUGACUUGGUUAAGCGUACUCUCUUCAUCAAUGGGAUCUCAAAAUAUGCUGAGCCAGAGAAGAUCAAGAAGCAUUUUGAGGAGGCCUAUGCCAACUGCACUGUCCUGGAGGCCCGUCCCUGCUAUGAUGUGGCCCGGCUGAUGUUCCUCGAUGCAGAGAGGAAGAAAGCUGAGCGUGGGCGAAUCUACUUCACCAAUCUGCAGAGCAAAGGGAAUACACCGUCCAUGAUCAACCCCAAGCCUUGUGGCCACCUGUGCUGCUGUGUCAUCAGGGGCUGUGAGGAGGUGGAGGCAAUAGAGUACUAUACCAAGUUGGAGGAGAAGCUCAAAGAUGACUACAAGCGGGAGAAGGAGAAGGUGAACGAGAAGCCUCUAGGGAUGGCCUUCGUCACCUUCCACAAUGAGACCAUCACAGCCAUAAUCCUCAAAGACUUCAAUGCUUGCAAGUGUCAAGGCUGUGCAUGCCGUGGGGAGCCCAGGGCCUCCUCCUGCAGUGAGUCCCUCCAUGUCUCCAACUGGACAGUCAGCUAUGCCCCUGACCCACAGAACAUCUACUGGGAACACCUCUCCAUCCGGGGCUUCAUCUGGUGGAUCCGUUGCCUUGUGAUAAAUGUGGUCCUCUUCAUCCUCCUCUUCUUCCUCACUACCCCUGCAAUCAUCAUCACCACUAUGGACAAGUUCAAUGUCACCAAGCCUGUGGAGUACCUCAAUAAUCCCAUCAUCACCCAGUUCUUCCCCACCCUGCUGCUGUGGUGCUUCUCUGCUCUGCUGCCCACCAUCGUGUAUUACUCUGCCUUCUUUGAAGCACACUGGACCCGGUCUGGAGAGAACAGGACAACCAUGCACAAGUGUUACACCUUCCUCAUCUUCAUGGUCUUGCUGCUGCCAUCACUUGGCCUGAGCAGCUUGGAUGUGUUUUUCCGCUGGUUGUUUGACAAAAAAUUCCUCGCUGAAGCCACUGUGCGAUUUGAAUGUGUGUUCCUGCCGGACAACGGGGCCUUCUUCGUUAACUAUGUCAUUGCCUCUGCCUUCAUCGGGAACGCCAUGGACCUGUUGCGCAUCCCUGGCUUGCUCAUGUACAUGAUACGCCUCUGCCUGGCCCGCUCAGCCGCUGAGCGGAGGAACGUCAAACGACACCAGGCCUAUGAGUUCCAGUUUGGGGCUGCUUACGCCUGGAUGAUGUGCGUCUUCACUGUGGUCAUGACGUACAGCAUCACUUGCCCCAUCAUAGUCCCUUUCGGGCUCAUGUACAUGCUGCUUAAGCACCUGGUGGACCGAUACAACCUGUAUUAUGCCUACCUGCCUGCCAAGCUGGACAAGAAGAUCCAUUCAGGGGCUGUGAAUCAGGUGGUGGCAGCGCCCAUCCUCUGCCUCUUCUGGCUUCUCUUCUUCUCCACUGUGCGCACAGGGUUCCUAGCCCCGACUUCCAUGUUCACCUUUGUGGUCCUUGUGAUCACCAUUGUGAUCUGCCUGUGUCACGUCUGCUUCGGGCACUUCAAAUACCUCAGUGCUCACAACUACAAGAUUGACCACACAGAGGUGGACACCAUAGAAAACAGGCAGAAUGGGAGACCUGUCACGAGUCUGCCAGCUCCCAAAUCAGCUAAGUACAUCGCCCAAGUGCUGCAGGACUCCUCGCCGGAGGGUGACGCAACAGAGUCAGAGGAGCAGGGGUCGCAGGAUGAGGAGCUCAUCAAUGCGGAUGGCAUGAAUGACACGGAUUUCCAGUCGUGUGAGGACAGCCUGAUAGAGAAUGAGAUCCACCAGUAGGGACCUCAGAGGGAGGGAGGGGAAGGAGGCCCUCGAGCAGGGCAGGCUGUGUGCACAGAGACCUAGGGAGAGGCACCUGAGAGUGCUGGCCAAGGGUGCUGGCCGCUGCCCUUGCCCACCCACGCCCCGGGGCUGCUGCCUUCAGCGAGGGCAGGGGCCCUGCCGCAAGCUCUCCAUUUCCCUGCUCCUCCACCCCUGCGCCAGCCUGGCAGCUCGGCGGGCAUGCUCUUUACUAGCUACCUUCUUUAAGGUGUUUCCGGGCCCCAAAACCCCAGCAGCUAGGGAGGAGGGGGACUGUGACCCCUGUGGUGCUGCUUUGGACCGGCAGGGAAGAAGAAGGCUGGGUGUUUUGUGGGGAGGGGUGCAAGAGGAGCCUUUGGGGACUCCUCAGCAGGCCCUUCUGUCCCCCAUCCUCCUGGUGAGAAACACUAAUAAUUUAUUAGAUUUACAGGAAGGUGACAAACAAAAAGCUUUAGUCAGUGUAUUGGAAGCCCCACCCCUAGGGAGGGGGGGUGGGUUUUGUUGCACCUUCUCCUCGUGCCCUUUCUCAACCCCUUGCAGCAUCCCCUUGGUGUGACAUGCCAGGAGCUGGGCCAGGUGUGGGGUAUGGUGACAGAGACCUCCCUGUCAUGGGGAAGGUGACAGCCUGGCCUUACAGUCAUGGGUGGCAUCACCCUGGAGAAGGGGCGCAGGGUUGGCAUAAGCUGAGCAGCCCCUCGCAGGGUGAGGGGGUGCUGAGGGCAUUUCUUGUGGGCAGGAGGAGGCGCAGGCAGCCUCUCCCCCAGGUCCUGUCCCCUCUUCCUCCAGGGGCAUAGGCAUGGGAUUGCAGCAUUGUUUUAAGUGUUUGGGGUUUUUUUCCACAUUUUACCUUUCAAAUAAAUCAACCCAACCCCGAUGUGAUACCUCAACCCCUUUUGCCCUGUGUCUGCACAGCAGGGUCAGGCCUAGGGGUGGGGGUCUGUGCUGGGCGUCUCCUGGGUGCUAGGGAGAGGGGAGAAAGGGUCCUGGACCACAGGCCCUUUAGCACCCUGUGGGGUUGGUGCUGCCUGGUUGCAACGGGGCCCCAUGGGCUGCCUUCCCUGAUCUGCUGUAGGGUCUUCCUCUAGCUGAGCUGGUCAGAGAGGAAGGGAGCCCUGGGAGAGCAGCCCCUGGGAGCCCUCUCUGAGCAAGACCACCAUCUUCAGGAGUACAAAAGCCUGUGGGGCUGUGCUGACUUUCUUCACCUGCCCUGACUGGGUGUAGGCUCCCCUGGCAUCACCCAGCCUGAGAGGGGGGCUGUUCCUCCCCUACCUCUGCCCUUGCCCCCUCCCUGGUGAUAGCCGUGUCCUAGAGGCAGGCAGGGGACAGGAUGGAUGAAGAGGUGGACUGGAGCCCCUGGCAGCAGCAGGGAGUCUGACCCUGUUAAAGGCUCUUUGUGAGGAGGUUUCUGGUCAGGAUCAGUUGCCCUCAAUUGCUUCCCUCCUCCCCUUGUGUAAAAUGUAAAGGAAAAUAAAUCUCCCUGUUACUGAGCUAUAUUUAUUUCCCUCAAACCCCUGCCACCAUCCUGUUUGGUGCUCAUUGCGGACGCUACCGCCCUCCCUUUGCCUGUCAUCUGUGGGUGCUGCACUGGCUCGCUGGGGCCGUGCCCUCCAGGGUCUGAUGGGGCCAGGUGGAAGGGGACAGGCAUUUACCUUCUCAGUCACCCGUGCUGGCCCUGGAGCUCCAAGCACUUUAAUAGACCUGAACAACUGAAGCAUCAGCUCUGCCCAGCUCCACUCGGGGGAAGGGCAGUCACAUCCCAUGGCUUUUCUCCCCCUUGCCUCCUAUUAGAGGAGGGGAACUGGACACACAGAGCAGGUUUAGGGCUGCUCCGGCAAGGACUUAGCUGACUUUCCUGUACACCUCUCUAUAGGAAUCCCAGGCCUGGAGGAAAAGGGGGAUGGAGAGGAAGAGAUAUGGGUCUUUGCCUGGGGAGGGCAGGCCACCCCAGCUCCCAGGGCUUGGCUGGUGCUGGAGCACAUGCAGGUGUGGAGCACCGUGAGUGUCACCAGUCCCCUCUAGGGCCAGGCUAGAAAUCAAAUGAGCAUGUGAGCUGAGAACUCCUGGUCUGGUCCCAGGCUGGGGCAGGGAGGAUGUUGAUCCUGCUUCCCUCCCUAUUCUUGCAGCCACUGACCACCCUUGCUCCCUGUCUGGCAUGCAGGCUGGGGUGCUCCAGUCUCUGUAGGUAUGGCCGUGGCCUGGGGCUGCCUCUGCGGCUGUUGAGGCUCUGCCCACGGAGAGCUGUGUGUUCUGAGUGGCACUGUCUGUGUAGAGAUGUGUAUAAUACCCUGUAUAUAUUUGUGUACAAAAGAAAAAAAAAGAA